UCUCUUGGUAGCUCUUUUGCCUGAGGUCUGAAGUCUUUGUCUAUAGCUAAUGAUGCUGAAGGCACUUCACUUGCAGCCAGAUACUCAGACUAGACUAGCUUAGAAAAGAGCUGCCUCCUCUAUCUGCUUUGCUUGCACCAGAAGCAGGUUGACUGGGGGGAGAAAUUACUGUGGCUGCUUGUUUGUCAAGUUUUCCGGGUUUGGAUGACCUUCUUCCAGUAGUAGUGACGGAGGUGUGAGGCAGCGAGACCCGCACCAAACCCCCCGGCAGCCAUGCCGCCGCCGGCAGACAUCGUCAAGGUGGCCAUUGAGUGGCCGGGGGCUUUCCCCAAGCUCAUGGAGAUAGACCAGAAAAAGCCUCUCUCAGCCAUCAUUAAAGAAGUGUGUGAGGGGUGGUCCUUGGGGAACCAUGAAAACUUUGCUCUGCAGAUUGCCGACCCAACAAAUUUUUACAUCACAGAAAAGAAUCGCAAUGACAUUAAGAACGGCUCAAUACUUCGCUUGACCACCUCUCCUUACCAGACAGCAGUCCAGCUUCAUGAGCGUAUCCAGUCAUCCAGCAUGGAUGCCAAACUGGAAGCUCUGAAGGACCUGGCCAACGCAUCCCGGGACAUCACAUUUGCCCAGGAGUUCAUCAACCUGGACGGCAUCUCCCUGCUCACUCAGAUGGUGGAGAGUGGCACUGAGCGCUAUCAGAAACUACAGAAGAUUAUGAAGCCCUGUUUUGGCGACCUGCUGUCCUUCACUCUGACGGCCUUCGUGGAGCUGAUGGACCACGGCAUCGUCUCCUGGGACACUUUCUCUGUGGCCUUCAUCAAGAAGAUUGCGAGCUACGUGAACAAGUCGGCAAUGGACACAGCAGUGCUGCAGCGCUCCCUGGCCAUCCUGGAGUCCAUGGUGCUCAACAGUCAGGAUCUGUACCACAAGGUGGCGCAAGAGAUCACCAUUGGACAGCUCAUCCCACAUCUUCAGGGGACUGAUCAGGACAUUCAGACCUACACCAUUGCUGUCAUCAAUGCUCUGUUCCUCAAAGCUCCUGAGGAGAAGAGACAGGAGAUGGCCCAUAUUCUCGCCCAGAAACAGCUGCGCUCCAUCAUUCUCAGUAAUGUGAUCCGGAGCCCCACACCCAUCAACGAUGAGAUGGCCCACCAGCUGUAUGUGCUGCAGGUGCUCACCUUCAACCUGCUGGAGGACCGCAUGAUGACCAAGAUGGAUCCCCAGGACCAGGCUCAGAGGGACAUCAUCUUUGAGCUGCGGAGAAUUGCCUUCGAUGUGGAGUGUGAGCCCAACAACAGCGGCAGCAUCGAGAAACGCAAGUCCAUGUACACUCGCGACUACAAGAAGCUCGGCUUUAUUAACCAUGUGAAUCCAGCUGUGGAUUUCACCCAGAUUCCUCCAGGCAUGCUGGCUCUGGAUAACAUGUUGUACUUUGCCAGACAUCACCAAGACGCCUACAUCAGGAUCGUCCUGGAGAACAGCAGUCGAGAAGACAAGCACGAGUGUCCGUUUGGCCGCAGCAGCAUCGAGCUGACCAAGAUGCUCUGUGAAAUUCUCAAAGUGGGCGAGCUUCCCAGUGAAAACUGCCAUGACUUCCACCCCAUGUUCUUCACCCACGAUCGCUCCUUUGAGGAAUUCUUCUGCAUCUCCAUCCAGCUGCUCAACAAGACCUGGAAGGAGAUGAGAGCCACAAGUGAAGACUUCAACAAAGUAAUGCAGGUGGUGCGGGAGCAGAUCAUGCGAGCACUGACUCUCAAGCCUAAUUCCUUGGACCAGUUCAAGAGUCGCCUGCAGAAUCUGAGCUACACAGAGAUCCUGAAGAUACGCCAGUCCGAGAGAAUGAAUCAGGAAGAUUUCCAGUCCCGCCCCAUUCUGGAGCUGAGGGAGAAGAUCCAGCCAGAGAUCAUGGAGCUGAUCAAACAGCAGAGGCUCAACAGGUUGUGUGAGGGAACCUGCUUCAGGAAGAUCAGUAGUCGCAGGAGGCAAGAUAAGUUUUGGUAUUGCCGUCUGUCUCCGAACCAUAAAGUCCUGCACUAUGGAGAUCUGGAGGAGAGCCCUCAGGGCGAGGUGCCCCACGACUCUUUACAGGAAAAAUUGCCUGUGGCUGAAAUCAAAGCUGUUAUCACCGGCAAAGACUGUCCUCACAUGAAGGAGAAGGGAGCCCUGAAGCAAAACAAGGAGGUGUUAGAGCUGGCCUUCACUAUCCUGUACGAGUCUGACGAGUAUUUAAACUUUAUUGCUCCUGACAAGCAUGAGUACUGCGUGUGGACAGAUGGUCUAAACGCCCUCCUAGGUAAGGAGAUGACCAGCGAUUACACCAAAUCCGACAUGGACACCCUGCUCUCCAUGGAGAUGAAGCUCCGACUCUUGGAUUUAGAGAACAUCCAGAUCCCCGAGGCCCCGCCCCCAAUUCCCAAAGAACCAAGCAACUAUGACUUUGUUUAUGACUGUAACUAGACAAACAACAGUACAAGAUCGAACCCAGACCCACCCAGCACCUACUGUACUCACUGGACCAAUCCCCUUUUCUUAUAAACUGGAACAUAAAAAUGAAUAAAACCAUACGAUAUAAAAAAUGAACUGUGAUUGAAAGAAAAAGGAUUUAUUGAACUAUUUUCCUCUUGCUUCUCACUAGACCUCUAUAAGAGAGAUAAUGGGACACAUUAAUAGGCACUUGAGGGACAUGGGGUUCGAUGCAGUCAUCAGGUUGCCAUGGAGAUGAGAAACCAGGAAGUAUUUGUUUGGCCUGUCGUUGGUCGUCCUGCGUCUUCUUCCUCACUCUCCUCCUGUGUCUGAUGUUUCCAAACAUUCGCUUCUUCUUCUUCUUCUUCUUCUCGACCGAGGCGCCAGCCGUCAUCUUGCUUGAAGACCGUUGUAGACAAAUGCUUAGAAAUUUUAUUUGAUUCAGCUUCCUUGUUGUCCUUUCUUAUGUUGAUUUUUAUUAUUUUUCCUCAGGGCUUUUGUGUGGGGAGGGAUGGUGGUUGUGUAGUUCAGGAGCAGGGAGGGACGGGGGUUUUGUGUUUUGUUGUCAACUUCCCAGCAGUAUUUCCUGUCACAUUCUCACGUACAGUAUUUGUGGCAGCUAAGUGUUUUCCAAGAGGCUGAGCAGAGGGUUGAAGUACAUUUUAAUGAAUACAUCUUAAAAGAUAGUCUCUUAUAACUGCUCUGCCCUGCUACACAUAUACUGAAGACUGUUAGAACAAGUCAAUCAUCAAAAUCCAGGCUCUGUACGACAGUAAAAGGCCUUUCUUUUGAAUAUUUUAAUGUUAAUGUUAUUAUCCCACCGCUGCUUAUUGCAUAUUGUACACACCUACACAGUGGCUUUGCCAAAAACAACCGUAAAAGCAGCCCCAUUGUGAAACACACAGACAAACACACACUCGUCUCUCCCUCAUUUGAGUCUCUCUCGUUGUAAUGACUGCUGUACACAACAUUCCUAAGCAAUAUUUGAGCUUUUUUUGUUUAUCAUGUGUAAGAUGGUCAUAAUUUAGUGAUUUUAAAAUUGUGAAACUGCCAAGUAGUUGGUAUUACAAAGAGGAUGUUAGUAUUUGGUCAAGGGAAGUUGUCUUUUUUUGUGUGUUUGGGACUAUAUGGCCACAAAAUUGAAAGUUUAUGUAUUUUUUUAAUUUAAAAACAGAUCAUAGUUGUUAUUUCUAGUAUGAUUUAUAUAUUUUCCCCUUCCUAUUUAAUACCUUCAGAUGUUUUUCUUUAGGAUUUUUCAAAGCCCCUCAAAACUGCUGUUUACAUUAAAGA